ACUGGAGCUUGAAAUUUAAUCACAGAACAAAAGGUUGAAUAAAUAUUUUAAGCGUUUGAAAACAUUUAAUCAUAUCAUAUGCAUAAAGUAUUAGUUUCAUGUCUGUGAACUAGAAUCACUUAGUGCUUCGAAAUACAUUUAAGUUGGUUCAAAUAAACGUCUUCGAUGUUCAACAUUGUUGCCUAUCAACAGUAAUAUACGCGUCCUAAGUUCACGGUGAAUUUCACUCCAGCGGAAAAAUGACAAAAAAACACGCCGGAUAUAUGGUACCAUCGGAAGAAUUGGCCGAAAUUCCAAUCGGUAAUUGUGAACCGACAUGCCUGGGUUCCGGUCUCAACAAAAAUGGCAAAGGCACUGGUCAAUAUCCAAGAAAACUGACGGACGCUGAAGAUAACUUGAAGAUUCCAAUUCGGAAUCAACUUUCCACUAUUUUCCGCACCCUAUUGAUCGUUAUGCUUCUCGCCUUCAUUGGAUUCCUCAUUCAUGUGACUGUUACACCAUAUAAAAGUUACACCGAGGUAGAACUUACGAAAGUAAUAGAGCUGGAGACUCCUGAAAAUGAAAUGACAACGGUGGACGAUUCCGAGAACAUCUUCGUUCAAAUAUCACCCUUUAGCGUAGAGGACGAAAUUUCUGACGAUAUGGUCAGUACCCUCUACAAAGAGGCUUAUGGAAAUAUUCCCGACCACCAGUCAUCACGUUUGAAGCGUCAAGUCGAAGCUGAAACCAUCGAAAGUUGCAGAGAAAGACAUGAGAAAUGUAAGCUUCUCUUGGGUGAGCUGAAAAAGGUGACAAAAGAUGUCUCGCACCAAAUGCACGAGAUUCGGAAGUUGAUAUCGCAGAUCAACUCGAUCCAUAAACAAGAAGUACUCACUAUGGACAGUACAAAUAUUACCGCGUUGGACUUUGUAACGUGUCUGAAAUGCGAGAAGCUGGAAUCCCAAACCACAAACGUUAAUUCCAUCCCCGAAAAUUCACAAAACAAUAACGAGCCCAGUUCAUUUUCAUUGAUUACCAAUUCAACAAGUCCACCGUCGAAUGAACCUUCAACGAUUCCUGGUCAUAAGAAUGCUGCCGAGUACUCAAAUCAUUCUCGAUUGAACGAUAAGAUACAGCAGGCCAAAGUAGUCCAAGACUCAAACACGGUACCGGAAAACGUCCAAGUCCACAGCGCCGAAAAUGAUUUCUUCUUCACGCACAGCCAAUCAAAUCGAACCUCAGGCUCGAAAUUUCAAUGGCCAGAUAAACUUACGAUAGAUCCGCAAGUAGUCAAUCCAGGUAGGAGCGGUUUAAUCGUUCCCGAACGUAUCUCAACAACAACGGAGGAUAAUUCAGCGGUCUUGCCAACGUCAACCGCGAAGAAUGACAAUAAUCCAUCGCUCACUACCUCAAAUUUUGACAGACGUAUGACGCUGCAUGAGCUGAAGUCGAACUACGAACCAAAUGCAAACGUCAUUCCGACGGCUGAGACGACGAAGACCAGCCAACAGGUAACCUACACCCCGAAUGUGAGCUGGAUGCCGUAUCCUCUUUGCGUCUACGGGUCACCGAACCCUCCAAUUCAGUCGGUAAGACAAACCUCAUCUGGAGCAAUUACGUUCCCAGUAUCCUCGGCUUCACAAGUUGAUCAAAUUCAUUACGGUCAAAACGUGGCCAUCACGCCUGCAGUGACAGCAUACGGAAAAACUUCAUCUUUCCACUUCAACUCUGUUCAGCCUGUAAUCCAGCCCCUUCAAAAUCCCGGCUUCCAGUAUGUCCCGGUGCAGUAUCAGCCCACCUCGGUACCGGUUUUGCCGCAGCGAUACGGACCCACGGGAUCCGGAGUUCAGUAUUACCCCGUUGCUUCCGGUGCUCAACAGACCACGGCCACAGGCCCAGCUCGACCGUUCUAUUGCACUUACGUUCCUACUCCAUCAUUUCAAUUCCCGACGGUCCCAGGAGUGUCAGAGUUCCAAAGGUCCGUGCCCGAAACAGCAGUCCCAGAAAUUGACCUCGUCAGUCAAGUUCAGUUCGAAGAUGAACGGCCAAGGUCAAGAGAUCACAUAGCUGGAUGUCCUCCGAAUACGCAAGCAUGUAGCGAUCUCAGUAAGUGUAUUCCAAAAUCGGGCUGGUGUGAUGGUUCGGUAGAUUGCAUUGAUGCCAGUGAUGAGACUCGGUGUUCCUGCAGAGACCGGGUCGACAGAGAGCGACUCUGUGACGGCUACUUCGACUGCCCUCUCGGCGAAGAUGAGCUCGGAUGCUUUGGAUGCGACAUCCAUUCUUUUAGUUGCGAUGACGCGGAGAGGCGUCAACGCUGGGGUAAUUGCUUGCCACUCGUUCAGCGCUGCGAUGGCUUCCCACAGUGCUCUAACGGGAAAGAUGAACUGCACUGCAACAUCAUAACUCACUUCAUCGAAGAACGCAAUAUGUUCGCAGUUGGUUACACAACCGGAUACCUUCACAGGAACUGGAAAGGCAUAUGGUAUCCGGCUUGCACCCCGUCAACAAUAUGGGCCAACGAUGCUUGUCGAGCUGAAAUCGGUGAUGAUAAUUAUAGAGAUUUUCCAUACGUCGAACAAAUUAAGCUUCGACAGAAUUACGCCGGUCCGUAUGUUGUUCAAUUAUCUUCCAACGAAAUUCAAAUAGCACACAACUGUUCGAACAAAGCAGUCUUCGUCAGAUGUCCUGAAAUACCGUGUGGUACUAAAGUAUCAUCACAGACAGUUAAUCCGUUUUUCAGUUUACUGCAUUCUGUGCAAUUUCCAAAGUCCAACCCAUCGAAUCAAGAUUUUCGCAGUGAAUUAGAAGGUCAAGAACUCGAUGAUUCAAAACAGCAAGAGUUAGUGAACGGCAGCAGGAUAGAUCCACUUGAAAAUCACUCGGCAUCGAGCCCUGAUCGAAACGCCACCAGCGUAGCAAGUGACGAUGAUAUUAUCGUCAGUGAAUCGAGAGUAGUUGGCGGUCAUCCGAGUGAACCUCAAGCUUGGCCAUCACUAGCGGCCGUAAAUAGAGACGGCAGCUUUCAUUGUGGUGGCGUAAUUCUGGACGAGAUAUGGGUCCUAACAGCGGCCCAUUGCAUUGAUGGCUUCGAAGGGCACUACUACGACAUACAAGCUGGAAUGCUGAGGCGGUUUUCCUUCUCACCGAUGGAGCAAUCCCGUAAAGUUAGCCACGUUGUGAUGUACCCGACUUAUGACAGAACGGUCAUGAAGAACGACUUAGCCCUCCUACGUCUGGAAGCACCUCUGCACUUUAACCGUUGGGUCAGACCGGCUUGUCUCCCAGAAAUCACGACAGCUGGAGCGCACUGGAGAACAGGACCAACCCCGGACGCAACCUGCGUUACCGCAGGCUGGGGAUCACUAGUUGAGCACGGACCUGAUCCCGAUCAUCUUCGGGAAGUCGAAUUACCAAUUUUGCGGAACUGCAAAUACCCGGCCGAUCAGAACGAGGCGGAAAUCUGUGCAGGAUUACCAUCAGGCGGGCGGGAUACGUGCCAAGGUGACAGUGGCGGUCCACUCAUGUGCAGGAAUCCGAAUUCACCGUCUCAAUGGUACGUAGCGGGAAUUGUGAGUCACGGAGAAGGUUGCGCACGUCCAAACGAGCCUGGUGCAUACACAAAAGUGAGCCGAUUUGUUGAGUGGAUAAACAGGACCCGCUUUCAACGCGAAAUACCGAAGUACAAACCGCUUGCACGGUGUCCUGGAUACUACUGUCACAGUGGAUCGCGGAAGUGUUAUUCGGCGAAAAGACGCUGCGACAAAAUCGUCGACUGCAUGGAUGCUGAAGAUGAGUUCAACUGCCAUAUGUUCCCAGAUUUUUCGAUACAUCGGAAUACUGAUUCCAGUGACUUUGAUUUUGUCGCGGCUACUCGGGAAGAUCUUUCCACACAGACGGAAAUAAAUCAGGAAGAAACUGUUGAUGCGGAGAUGACUACUGCAGCUUUGACUACAGAACCAUCAACUACCCCUCAGAGUGUUAUAAUAUCAACGACAACUAUCGAGCCAUCAACAAUACAGCCUAUAAAACAGAUUGUUACAGAAGAUGACAUUCCGGAACAGAAGGUUAUAGAUCAGGACAUUAUCAAACAGAACGUUACACAAAAGAAUAUUACAGAAAAAAAUGAGGAAUAUAUUACUACUACUCAGCUAACCGACGAAAUCAUGACGACCGUUCCCGCAGAACUGAUCACUACUACUAUUUCACCGCCAACAAACCGUCAUCAUUUCAGCUGUAGGAUAGUAAUACAAACUAUCAAUUUGAUAAAGCGGUGCGACAGGAUAGUCGAUUGUCAGGAUGGUACAGACGAGGAUGACUGCACCUGUAGAGAUUAUCUUAGUAGAAUUUAUCCGACGUCAAUUUGCGAUGGCCACAUAGACUGCUUCGACGGUACUGACGAAGAAAAUUGCGAUCUAUGUUCACCGAAAGAAUUUCAUUGCAAAAGAAGCGGUGAGUGCGUACCGAUGGAUAAGAAAUGCGAUCGAAUAGCAGAUUGCGCAUUCAACGAGGACGAGCUGAACUGCUUCGCUUUGAGCAACGGGAAGUACGUGAUAACCGAUAUCGACGGACUGCCGCAUCACAAACGAGAAGGUAUAUUGACGUUGUAUCAAGAUCGUGAAUGGGUGCCAUUCUGCAUCGAUACGAUAACAGAAAAACCAGCCGCACUUGCGAAACAAAUGUGUUCCUACUUCGGGUUCGGCGCCUGCGAGUCUUUCAACGAAACACGGAUGCAGAACGCGCCACUGGAGGUCAAAGCGUCGACGGCGAUGAACUUGGUACCCUACGAGUACAGCACUCCCUACAUUUUGUCCAUGGAGGAACCCCAAUGCACGGUUCUUUACCUGCGAUGCCUGCCGACGAUACAUUCGAUAUCAAUGACCUACCGACUGAAAGGCAUCGACGGCCAGGAGGAGGACACUUAUCUAUGGCCAUGGCACGCUGCCGUUUUUGCCGAUGGCCGGUACCAGUGCUCGGCUGUUCUGCUUGAGCCAAGUUGGCUUCUGACAAGUCGCUACUGCGCCAUGGACAUGGACUUGCAGCAAAAUUACACCACGGCACUUAUGGGUGUGUCACGCUCGUACCUGCAGGUCGAUGGACCACAUCAGCAGAGGAGUAUAGUCGACGAGAUAAGAAGCGUCAAGAAUUCGGAUGCGAUCUUGAUGCACCUUAAGCAGCCUGUUAAUAUGACUCGGCAUGUGCAGCCGAUGUAUCUUCAAAAACGAACUCACCCAGCUGCAGAAUCCGAUACUUGUGUAACGGUGGGUGUAGACAAGGAUGAAGGAACGAGGAGCAUUUUUCUAAGGGCGGUCCUUAACAACUGUCCCGCAAAUCGUCGCUGUUACGAGAAUGCCAACCCUAUAAAAUGCAAGAACGUAACAUCAAUGGCGUGGAGCGGGACGGUGGUUUGUCAUGGAUGCAGUGGAUGGUACCCGGCUGCUGUUUAUCACGUGAAAGAGGGACCAUGCAGCUUUGAAACGAAGCAGAGCCUGUCCAGCAUAGACUAUAUCAACACAAAUUUGAUCACCGGGAUGCAAGAAAUUCCGCAGUUAAAUAUGUCUGAGCCGAAUUGCGAUGGGUUCAGAUGUCUGUUGGGAGAGUGCAUAGGAUGGCCGAAAGUCUGUGACGGUGUUCCAAACUGCAGGGAUGGGGCUGACGAGGAUCCAAAGUAUUGUCAAGAGAUGAGGGACCAUUGCGCGAACGGAGUCGACGAUACGAUCGGAUGCCACUGCACGCAGACCGAACUUCGUUGUGAGAACGGCCAGUGCGUACCGAAGUCAAUGUUUUGCGACGGAAAGAGUGACUGCGCUGACGGGACUGACGAGCCGGAAACUGGAUGCAGCUGUGCUGCCUACCUCAAACUGACUGCGCCGAAACUGAUUUGCGACGGAAGACGCCACUGCUUUGACAAAUCCGAUGAAAAUCCUCAGCUCUGCUACUGCAAGGACGCCAGCUUCAAGUGCGACGGAAGAGGUGAGGAGUGCGUGUCACAAGAUUUCGUCUGUGACGGUGAUCAGGACUGUUCUUCAGGGGAGGACGAGAAGGAAUGUCAGGCUUUGCGAGCUGUGCCGUCAUACUCACCCGGUUACGGUGAGGUUGUUCAAAGGUCGUACGGCAUCUGGCACUCGCAGUGUUUCCCUGCCGGUUCUGUGGCCGAAAAUGAGGGAAUCGAUCUUUGCACGGAGUUGGGCUACGAGUUUGCGAAAAAUGUCACCGAGAGCGACGCCAGCGACUCGAGAAACUUGCCGCUAGUUCCUGUCCUCGAUAAAUUUUACAUGGUACGGUUGAAUAUGAAGGCUUGGAUCAUCAUGCGAGAUGACAAGGCCCUCGUCAGUUUACAUCCACCUGAACAGACAUGCUACCGUCACUACGUAACGUGCGCAUGAGCGUUUGAUCUUUUCUUUCCUUCGUUGCCUAGCUAGGUCUAUCAACUAAAGUAAAAUUUCAAAAGUAACAAGCCUCGGGGUGUUCACGUAUCGUCAAAGCUGAUAUCAUUGUUUGUUACAUUAUGUAACGUUACGCAACUCGCAACUUCGGGACUUAUCUAAUGCUUCUAUUGAAAUACACGUACUAACACCUCGAGCUCGCACGUUGAUAUAUUAGUAUUCUAAAAUUGUUUUCGCCUGAGACGAUUCUGCAAAAAUUGCUUCACGUGUUUCUUUCUUUCGUCAAACUACUUGAAUAGUCGAGCAUUUUUGACAACUCAAUUCAAUAACGAUAUACGUUUACGUAGUUUCUUAAGCGUACUAUUAGGAAUUGUUUCCGUUGCGAUAACAAGGUCACGUGUUAUAGACAGGUACAAACGGCAUCUGUUACUUCUUAAAGUACGCAUACGACAUAUUUAUUUAUUUAAAUUAUCUAUGUAUUUAUUCUCCUGAGUUUCAACACAUGAGUUAUUCCUCGUGUUGGCGCUCGACGAGCGACCUGCAGAUCAAGUUCGUCGACAUUCUUAAACGCGAUAAGGUAUUUUCGUACUCACCGGUAUAGUACCGAAGAAAAAUAUUAAUAUAUUAGUAAGCUAUAAGUGUAUUUGUAGUAUUCUAUUAUUUAUAUAUAUGUAU